AUGCUGAAUUCAAUUCUGGCAUUGGAAUUACCCGGGGGCGCUCAGGGGCGCCUCUGCAGGGGUGUCCGGAUAAAAUUUAUCCAGGAGGAAUUUGAACGGGCCAACAUAAUGUCUCAGCAGAGUGUAGCUGACGCGGAUGUUGAUAUUGUGCUUAAGGCCAUAGACACUGCUUCUGGAAGUCACAACAAUAAAGUGGUUAUUGUUUCGGAAGACACUGAUGUCUUAACAAUGCUUGUAGGUCGGACUCCACCGAAUCUAGAAGUGUUCUUGCUGAAGCCGCCUUCUGCUAGAGUACCUGAGGUCGUGUAUUCUUCCGAGAGCUUAGCCUCCGAGAGCGCGUGUAUCAGGUCUCAUAUAUUAUUUCUACAUGCUUUCACAGGAUGCGACACAACUUCAGCAUUUUUCUCUCGAGGGAAACUAAAAUUCUGCGAAUUGUUUGCGAAAUCCGAUGAUUUGCAUGGGUUUGCAGAAAUAUUUAAGCAAACACAUGUAGCCAUGGAUACUUUAAUAGAUCACGGGCUUCGUCUCGCUUUGGCUCUUUACGGGGCACCCAAAGAUCUGUGCACCAAAGAUGAACCUGCCAUUCAGCUCGUCCAAAAGUAUCGAGCAAAAUCGUAUACUGCAGCCGCCGACCUUCAAAAAGUCGACCUUGCACGCAUAAUUCCGACUGCCAAUGCAUUAACCGAGCAUAUCAAGCGGGUCUAUUUCCAAGUACAGGCUUGGUAUGGUUCACAAGCUCAAGUCGAGACCUUAAAUCCGGUAGAAUGGGGCUGGGAAAUGGUGGGUGGAGAGCUCAGUCCUGUCACCAUGACCCAGGAAGCCGGUCCCGAGGAAAUUUUGAGCAAAAUUUCUUGUUCUUGUCAAACGGAUUGUGGCCCGAGGUGCGGGUGCCGCCGAAAUGGGUUGGAGUGCUCUCUUGCAUGCAAGCAUUGCGAUGGCAAUUGCUCAAACCAAAAAGACGUUGCCAAUGAGGCCGAGAGUAGUGACGAGGAAGAAGAUGAAGGAGGGGAAGAAAAUGACGAAGGGGAAGAAGGAGAAGAACGGGAAGAAGAAGAAGAAGAGUUUGAACAAGAUGUUUAGGUCUUAAGUUGAAAAUUUGAGUUUAUAAUGAAUAAUUCAAGACUAAUAAAAACUUCUAUUUGUUAUUUGAAUAAAGAGUUAUGUUGAUAAUUUGUAAUUUUCCACUUGCUGCUUUACCAUUUCCUAGCCACCCCUGAGCG